GAUUGCAACUCCUUUCGGAGAUGGAUGGCCCUCCGAUCGCCAUGCCCCCUGGCGCCGGAUUCAGCGUUCUGCAGCUGCGUGAUCGCGCAAUUCCCGCAGCGGUGCCAGACAUGCUUCCGCGGCAUCAAGCUGAAUUCUGGAGCUUUUUGCCCAGGAAUGACCACAUCAUCCGCCCGGGCAGCGGCUGGAGCCACGCGCUCUGCCCAGAGGCGGCGCGGGGGGUGCUGAUGCCUGUGGAGCCCGUGGAGGAUGAUGGCGUGGGGCCAGGGGAGCACGCCCCAGGUCCGCUGGUGCCGAGCAAGCGCGUGCUCAGCUGGGAGCAGAAGGCGGUGGUGCACUACCCGCUGGCGAAGGGCUCCAAGCUGCGGGUCUCCGCGGUGGCGGGGGCGGGGAAGACCACCACCUGCGUGAAGCUCGCGGAGAGGAUCUUGAAGGACAGCCCCGACACGAAGAUCUUGUACGUGGUCUUCAACGAGAAGGCGAAAGAGGAGGCCGUGGCGCGGUUCCCGGCGCAGGUGGCGGUGAAGACCUCCCACGCGUUGAGCCGCAGCUGGGCGUGGCGCUGCCCCAAACACGUGGAGAAGGGGAUCAAGCUGGACGAGGUCGUGGAGCAUUUCGAGCUGCUGAACCCCACGGAGGAGCGCUGGGGCCUCUUGGCCUCCGCGGAUUCUUCCGCGGCCAAGAGGAAGGCGAAGCGGGAGCUGCAGAAGCGCGCGCGCACGGAGGCGCGCUUCGUGGUGAAGACGUUGGAGAACUUCCUGUGGUCGGAUGCCGAAAAGGUCCAGGACGAGCACAUCUUCUGGAAGGCACGGGUGGCUGCCACUUCCAAGAAGCAGGCGACUUUCGAGGUGCCGCCUUUGGCCCCGGAGUUCUACCGCCAGAAGGCGCAGCGGAUCUACGACCAGAUGCAGGACGAGGAGGCCCCGUUCCCACAGACCCACGACGGCUACAUGAAGCGCUUCCAGCUCAUGCGGCCGGACUUAGGCGCCCCGCCGUGUGGCACGCCCGGCUGCGCAGAGCGGGGCGCAGCCAUGCGGCCGCGGAGCGGGCGCUUCGGGCGGUUCUGGAAGUGCCAGGGCUGCGGUGCCACGGGCAGCGGCUACGACGUGGUCAUCAUCGACGAGGCCCAGGACUUCACCCCCUGCCAGGCCGCCGCGUUCUGGCAGCAGGAUGCGGCGGUGUACCUGGUGGGCGACGCGCGGCAGCGCAUCUACCGCUGGCGCGGGGCCAGCGAGGACUUCGAGCGAUGCAGCGUGGAGAAGGAGCUGACCCUUUGCGAGACAUGGCGCUUUGGUCCGGCGAUCGCGGAGGUGACGAACGCGGUGCUCAGCUGCUGCUCCGGGGAUCAGACCGUCAUCGGCCGCAACCCGGACCCCGGCGCCGUGCUCUGGCCCGGGCGGCCGGGAGCGCAAGCGGGCGAGGAGAGUCGAGCGCCGAAGGGCCCGAAGGUGAUCAUCACGAGGUCCAACAAGGGCAUGCUGGAUGAGCUGCAGGACCAGAUCGCCGAGUCGGAGUCCGAGUCUCUGCCCACCUGGGCCUUCAUCGACGAGAAGAUGGCGAGCCUGUCGCGGCCCAAGACCUACGAAACCUUUCUGAAGCUGAAGCAGGGGGAGCCGCUGACCUAUCACGGCGAAGAGUUCGAUACCUGGGAGGAGUUGAAGCAGUAUGCGGAGGACGAGGGCGAUACUCAGCUUGCCAACAAGAUCGAGGUCAUCGAGAAGUGGGGGGCCAGACUGCCGGAUUUCCUGGCGCAGAUCGAAGCUUCGCGCGUGGAGAGUUGGAAGGAGGCGGACCUGGGUUUGAUCACUGCGCACAAGGCCAAGGGCCUGGAGUUCGCCUAUGUCAUCCUGGGAAGCGAUUUCAAGCUCCCGAUGGAGGAGGAAGCGAACUUUGGCAACUGGAAGCUGUUACCGGAAUAUCGCCUGAGAAGACCGCAUUGGCAAGAGGAGCUCAAUGUGCUCUACGUGGCCAUCUCCCGGGCCCAGCGCUUCCUGCGCCUCAGCGUGGAGGCGGCGCAGUUCCUGGCGCUCCUCGGCCAACAGCCGCGGCCGCGGCGGACGUCCAGCGCGGCCAAGUCCUCGGAGGAUGGCGCGGAGCUGGCGGCGCUGCGCGCGGGGGACGAGGUGCGCUGGGCCAACUUCGAGCGGGAGGCGCUGCGCAAAGACUCGGAGCUAGUGGUGCAGGAGGAGACCGUCCCCUGGCCCCGCGGCGGCGACGAGAACGUGCUGUCGCUGCACGAGGACUUGACGCAAGAGGAGGUGCAGCGGCUGCUGCAGCAGGCGCUGCUGCGCUUCCACCCCGACAAGUUUUCCGCGAAUCCCAAGUGGCGCGCACGCAUUCCGCAGCGCCAGCUGGAGGCGGGGUCCCGGCUGCAACAGCGGCUGGCCUUGACCACCCGCGCGAUCCUGCAGCUGAAGCGGGACUGGACGGCCCAGGAGGGCGAGGAGUGCGUGAUCUGUUACGAGUUCCCGAGGCGGAGCCUCCGGCUGACCACUUGCUGCGGGCAAGUGCUCUGCCGGCCCCAUGCAAAGAAUUUGGCGCGACCUGCGGCAUCCUGUCCGAUGUGCCGCGCGCAGCGCUACGUGGCAACGCCCCACCGGGGGCGGUCUCGCAGCCCGCGUCGUGCCAUCGCAUGAGCGGCAGAUGGUCCCGGGCAGAAGUCCCGGGCCGUGCUUUGGAUGUCUCGGUUUGAGCCACA